AUGCAUGGGAUUUCUCAGCAAUCAGUGAGCAAAAUCGCUUAUAAUGUUGGGAAAGCAUUAGCUAAAAAAGCUCAUUUAUUCAUCAACAUGCCCAUUACACUAGAAGAUCAACAGGAAACCAUCAGAGGAUUUAGAAGUAUAUGUAAUUUCCCCUCGGUGAUAGGGGCUAUAGACUGCACGCAUAUACGAGUCAAAAGGGUAGGUGGCGAUAUGAGUGAAGCUUAUGUGAACAGAAAGGGUUACUAUUCUAUCAACGUGCAAGUUGUCUGUGAUUCAAACUUGAAAAUCCGAGACAUAGUUGCACGUUGGAGAGGAAGUGCUCACGACUCUUGGGUUUUCAACGAAAGCACAAUAAAAGAACGCUUUGAACGUGGCGAUUUUCAUGGAAGAUUACUUGGAGACAGUGGAUAUACAUGUACUGCAUAUCUCUUUACACCUUUGCUUAAUCCUAGUAAUGACAAAGAGGAAGCUUACAACAGAGCUCACAUUAGAACAAGGAAUACAGUGGAGAGAUGUUUUGGCUUGUGGAAACAAAGAUUCAGAUGCCUAUUAAGAGGCAUGUUUAUGAAACUAAGCACAGCGAAAACCACAAUUGUAGCAUUAGCAGUGCUACAUAACAUAGCGAUUGAUAUGAAUGAAGACAUUGAUAUAGUUCGGUAUGUUCAUCAGCGGCGCAGGCCACAGACUGAGAGAUCUACAGUUAGGGGAGCAAUUAUUAGACAGCGUUUUAUUAACCAAAAUUUUUAA